UAGAGAUAGAUAAGCAUGAUGGUCUACUCUAAAACCAACGGCGCUUAUUCACCCAGUGUGACGUACGUCCACUGUUGAUGCAUGGGUCACGUGAGCGCCGGCCGGGGUCGUCUUGCACGCUCACGCCUCAGGAGAGGCUUCUCGCACGUGGACAAUGGUCGGUGCAUGCGCAUUAGCCGAGAGGCCCGGCCCUAGCCUAGCUGCAUUCCGUUAACCACACUGCGCUGCCACUGCUCGAUCACGAUCAUGUCGGUCAGAUAUCUGUAGAGGCUAGCAGAGAGCACGAGGACAAGGCUGAGAGCGUGAGGGCAGCGUGUGUGUGUGUGUGUGUGUGGUGAUCGGAGUGAAGAAACGGCAGCCAAGGAGGAGGCUGCCGAUCGACGGCCCUCCAAACCGAAAUGGAUGUGAAUAACAUGAUCAGGUCCCAUAGAGUCGACCCGGAUUCCCUCCCUCUCGCCGGUGGCGGCGGCGCGAGCCGGAAGCCAGCGGCCAAACCGAGCAAGGACGAGCGCGCCCCGGACGUCGUCGCCGGCACCUCACGCGUCGCACCCUACUUCCCCCGCACCUCGCUCGAGAAUCGUCCGGCGUCCUCAUCCGCUGCCCUCGUGAGCCACCACCAUCGGCAACGCUGCAACGUCGUCGCCAUGCACACGUCCCACUCCCAGGGACCCGACCUCGGCGCCGGCGGUGGCAGCGGCGUCGCCUCGCCGGCCGCUCCCGUGCAGCUCCGGUGGGGGCACGGGAAGCGCUCGCGCAGCCGUCGCGAGGCGCCCGUGCACACUCCCGCGCCCGAACCCGAGCUGCUGACCCCCGCCGAGGUGCGCCGGCGGGCAUCCCUCAAGUUCAGGAGCCGCAAGGCGGCGAAGAAGGAGCAGGCGCGAGCGGGGAUGCAGCCGCCGCCGCCGGGCGCCCGCGUGGCCCCGUCGUCUCUCCCUCCUCGCGCCGGCACCCUCUGGCUCCACGGGUACGCACCCCCAGCGCCACCGAUGUUGGGUUCUUGGUACCCAAGAAUCGUUCCGGGUUCCUUCCCUUUCGCUGAUGGCGCCGGUAGCAGCGUGACCCGUAAGCCGGCGGCACCGACGCCGGCCCCUACACCGAGCAGGGACGAGCGCGUCCCGGCCGUCGUCGUUGCUGACACCUCAUGCCUGGCGCCGUACUUUGCGAGCACCUCGCCGGAGCACCACAUGCCACGAGGGCCGCCGCCGUCCUCACCCGCUGCCCUCGUGAGCCGCCAUCUCUACAACGCCGGCAUGCGCACAUACCAAGAACCCAACAUCGGUGGCGGUGCCAGCAAGGGUAUCGCCGCACCGGACGCCCAUGUGCUGCUUCAGUGGGGCCAGAGCAAGCGCUCGCGCAGCCGCCGGGAGGCGCCCACGCCCACUCCUGCGCAUGAAUCGGUGGCGGUGCAGACGCAGGCGGCGGCGGUGAAGAUGAUGCUGCCGUCGACGGGCGCCCGCGAUCCCAACCUCGUCGCCAGCCUGCAGCUGCCUCCUCAUGCCGCCGUCACGCUCUCGCUCCGUAGUUCUUCGGAGGAACCUCACACCGUCGCCGGCGCCGGCGAGAAGCAGCCAGCGGCGAAGGAGGAGAAGCAGCAGCCAGCGGUGAAGGAGGAGAGGAGGCAACAGCAGCAGACUCAACGGCUGCAGCGUCAGGCGUCGAUCAAGGCGACAGAGAAGCAGAGAGGGAAGGCGCCCAUGGUGGGGGCGCCGCCGCACGUCGAGCAGGAGGAGGAGGAGGAGGAGAAGGCGGCCAUGGCGAGGCCGGUGGUGCCGCGGAUCGUGACCCAGCUGACGCGAGACGAGAAAGAGGAGGACUGGCUGGCCAUGACCGGCAGCACCAAGCUGCCGCGGCGCCCCCACAGGCGCCCCGAGAUAGUCCAGGAGCAAGUCACCAACAUCUACCCGGGGCAGCGGCUCUCGCAGGUGAAGAUGACCAGGUACAGAGUGACCGAGAAGAAGUCCAAGAAGUGCGUGGGUGGCCUGAAAGGCAUGGCAAUGGACGACGACGAUUCGGACUAAACUCGAAGAGGAGCUCGGGCGCAACUCCAGCGACACCACAACAACAGGAGAAAUGAUAUUUUGACGGUGCCGAUAAGGGGAAGCAGCAGGGAGAAGAGUGUCAGGGGAAAGAGAAGUUGAAGAUAGUGAUCAUGGAAUGAUCAUUCCAUGAGUUUGAGUGAAAAUAAAAAACCGAAAAUGAACUUUCGAGGUUAAUUUUGCUACCUGAUAAUAGUUUAGGAAGGUUACAUAUCAUAUCUGCUACUAAUUGCCACCAUACAACAGACUAAAGCAUAUCCUAGUGUGAAAGGGAGUUGAUGCCUUCCCACUCACACAGGUUCAAGACAUGAUA